ACCCGCGAGCCACCCAAGCCCAGAUAUUUAUCAUUUAUUUUGAGUACAUGUUCUACACUGGCAGGCCCUCAGGAGGCAUCUGGAGGCAGGCAUUGCUGUCCCAAGAGACGGCAGUUCCCGUGCGUUACCGCCCUGAAGACCUUCGGGUGGAACAAGAUGUGGGGGUGGAGAUGGUGAUAUGAAAGAUCUUGACCUGGUGUGGGCCUGUGCUAAGGUGAGGAAGAUGAAGCCCAAAGACCACAGGACUUAUGUCUCCAGCAGAGCCACUCGGAGUGUGGGGCCUCAGUUCCAGAUGUGCUCCUGGGCUGGGGCUGUGCUGUGAAUGUCCCCUCCAGAACUAACAUCAAAAUUAAAUUGCCAUAGUGAUAGUGUGAAGAAGUGACAAGGUCAAGAGGGGGCUGUGAAGGUGGGUUCUUCCACAACUCUGUCUCUCGGGGCCUUCCUGUGUCCACUGGGCACGACGCAGCAAGAAGGCUCUCACCAGGUUGGGCCCCUUGAGGGCCUGGACUUCCCAGCCUCCAGAACUGCGAGGUUGAGGACUCAGGUGCCCGCUCCCUCACAGGCACACACAUGUACACACAGGCCUGUGCGUGCACUUCUGCCUCCCUCCCGCCCUGGCCACAUUGAUCGCCACCCCCUCGGCUGGACCCGGGCUUCCCUGAUUACAGCCACACCUGCUGACCCCACAGCAGCAGACCGUGGCCCUGUGUGAAGAGGGAAGCGUUAGCCUCAGCAAGGAGGCUGCUGGCCCCGCCCUCUGGAAGAAGAUGUCUUAUGGAUCCAUCCCUGGUGGAGGUGGCCCUUUCAGGGGAUCCUCGAGACAAGGCUAUCAGCCCCUAGAAGUGAAUCCCAGACUUAAGAUCCUGUCAUCUGUGACUGUGCCAGUGUGCCUCUGAGAGGGCUCCUGUGUGCGUGGCAGUGUCCCAGGGAGAUCCUCACUGCAGCGCAGCAUCGUACCUGCCUCUCGGCUCACCAUGGCUUUGCGGAGUCACCACGUUUUCACGGAAGCAGGAGCCUAGAGAGCCGUGGGCUGCCCUGGGUCCACACACCCCUCCGUCCAUUCUUACCUUGAGAGUGCGCUAAAUGUUGGACCGAGUAUGGAAUUCGCCAUUUCCCCUGCCCGUCGCCAGAGAGCAACUCCCAGGACCCCUGUGUGGGAAAGGACGGGGAAGGUGACCUGGGGCCGGCGGGUGCACCCAGAGUCCCAAGGGCCAGGAAGCGAGGGCCAAGGAUUGCCCCUGAAGGCAGCCGGACACCAGAGCCCACCUCACCAUCCCCCACUGGCCUGAGGAAGGACUCAGCUGCAGGGUCCCAUGGUCGCAUGGUGGGGCCCAGUGCCAGCCGGGCCAAGAAGAGGAAGCCCAACUUCUGCCCACAAGAGACAGAGGUGCUGGUGUCCAAGGUGAGCAAGCACCACCAGCUGCUAUUCGGCACGGGGCUGCUGAGAGCUGAGCCCACCCGCAGGUACCGCGUGUGGAGCCGCAUCCUGCAGGCUGUGAAUGCGCUGGGCUAUUGUCGCCGCGACGUCGUGGACCUGAAGCACAAGUGGCGGGACCUGCGGGCUGUUGUGCGGCGCAAGCUGGGUGACCUUUGGAAGGCGGCCCAGAGUCCUGACCCGGGUUCUGGCCAGCCCCAGCCCCUGGUGCUCACGCCCGUGGAGCAGGUGGUGGCCAAGACCUUCUCCUGCCAGGCCUCGUCCCCUGAGGGCUUCAGCCUGGAGCCACUCAGAGCCACCCAGGUCGACCCUCAGGACCUCCAGGAGCUCUUCCAGGAGACAUCAGCCAAUGUCUUCCGCAUCAACUCCAGCGUGACCUCCUUGGAGCGGAGCCUCCAGUCCAUGGGGACACCAAGUGACACCCAGGAGCUUCGGGACAGCCUGCACAUGGCUCAGCAGGAGACCAACAGAAUCAUCGGGGCCAGCGCCAGUGCUGUGAAGCAGAUGUCAGAGGUCCUGCAUGGUGCCUGCCCGGAUCGCCUGCAGCUGGACCAGCUGAAAAGGCGGCUGGCGGAUGCUCUUCAGCGCUAUGGAGUGGUGCAGAAGAAAAUUGCAGAAAAGUCCAGAGCACUGCUUCCCAUGGCACAGAGGGGUGGCAAACAGAGUCCUCAGGUCCCUUUUGUGGAGCUGGCCAAUGAUGAGAAGAUCUUUAAUGGGGGUGGCAAUGUGUGGCAGAGCCAGGAGCAGGCGCUGCUUCCAGAUAUCACGGAGGAGGACCUGGAGGCCAUCCGGCUGCGUGAGGAGGCUAUCCUGCAGAUGGAGAGUGACUUGCUGGACGUGGAUCAGAUCAUCAAGGACUUGGCCUCCAUGGCGUCGGAGCAAGGAGACGCCAUCGGAUCCAGCAGCAGCCAGGCCACUUGCCGGCGGAGCUCCAGCCCCGAGCCAGCCAUGGCAGCCCUGCUGCGGGGCGCCGGCCCAGGCUCUCCCCAACAGCCAGGCUCCCACCACCGCACCAAGACGCGCAAGCCCAACUUCAGCCCCCAGGAGACGGAGGUGCUGGUGGAGAGGGUGACACGCCACUACCCGCUGCUGUUUGGGGCACUACGGGGCACCCCAGCUCGGAAGCACUGCGUGUGGGGCAGGAUCCUGCAGGCAGUGAACGCGCUCGGCUACUGCCACCGAGACCUGGGUGACCUCAAGCACAAGUGGCGGGACCUGCGUGGCGCCGUGCGGAAAAAGCUGGCCGAGGGUGGCCCUGUGCCUGGCCUCAUCCUUACACCGGUAGAGCGCAUGGUGGCAGAGACCUUCUCCGCCCAGGCUCCCCCAGGCGAGGGCCAGGUUGCAGAGCCCUUGCCAAACAGUAUUGAAGCUGGCAUUGAGGCUGUGUCCUCACUUGUGGAGGCGGCCAGUGAGCUCCUGGCCAGAGCAGCCAGCACCAACCCAUGGCCUGCUACCUCCCCAUCUGUCACUGAGGACAACUGGCAAGUGAGACUGAUGGGUGUGCUGAUGCUAAGGCCUGCGCCAUGGAGGGCCUCACCUUGGAGGACAGCAACGAGCUGGCGAGACCAACCCCAGGGACCACUGGUCAGAAGUAGCAGCACGUGCCCCGGAUUGCAGGAGGAAGCCGAUGAGGAAGAUGAAGCCCCCAGCUGCCUGUGGCUGCCCCUGCGGACCAUGGAUGGGCCCAGCCCACCUGAACCUGACCCCCUGGACUUCCGAGGAACCUUCCACGUGCCCACCUCCUCACCCUCCCCACCUGCCUCCCCAGCUGCAGCCCCACCUGCAGCCACGUUUGUGGGGGCCUUCCAGCCUUCCCCACCCUCCUCAGCAUCGGUACCCACACCUCCCCUGCCUUCCGGGAAGACUCCGGCAGCAGCCUCUGAAGUAUCUGCUUUUGAGCAGCGGCUGCUGGACUCCCACCGGCGGCAGGGUGCCUUGCUGUCCUCCUGGGCCCAGCAGCAGAGUGCACUGAUGACCCAGCAGAACCUGCUGCUGCAGCAGCUCACAGAGCAGAGCCAGCGGCUGGCUGACGGGGUCGAGGCCCUCAACCAGACCCUCAAGAGGCUGGCGGAGGCGCGCCCCAGCCUGGGAGUCUCACCUUCUGUCCCAGAUGGCACCCUUACUGGGGGAGUGGCCCAUGGGCCCACCAGGGGGUCCCAGGAUGCCCCCGCCAACGCCCAGCCAGGCCUUGAGGUCUUCUCAGGGAUGAUCCUAAAGGUGGAGGAGGAAAUAUAGGGCUGGUCCUGGGUGUGGUGGAGCAGGAAGCAGGGCAGGCCUCUGUGCUGGGGACAGGUGGCAGGGACUCCAGCGAGCCAGGACAACUUGUGUCCAGAGGGCCGGAAGGCGGAGAACAUACAGACAUCUGCCUGUGCUCCCUGUGUCAGGGGCUGUGUCUGGGGGUUUGCUGACCUAUAGAAGGGGCAGCGGGCUGGGGAGAGGGCGGUGAGAGAUCAGUCCCUCUCUGAUCUCACUGCUGGUGUCAGACUCGGCCAGCUGGGGUGCCUGACUGUGGACUUCUCAGCACCGUGUGGCAGGCAGGAGGCGGUGGCAGGUGGGGAGAUGCACUUGGACGUUGGGGCCCUAGAGUGGUGUGGCUUGGAGUGAUGCCUGAGGCCUGACUAGGGGCUGGGCUCCUGCAGUUCUGCCUUGUUCCGCCCAGGGAGCCCAUCCCGUGGGCCAGAGUCAUUUCUGUCCAAUUUUAUAUCUAUGUUAUUAUAAAUAUAAGGAUAUAUAUAUAGGCAUAUAUACUACUUGGCACUAUAUGGGGGUGGGAUGCCAUUUUGUACCUGUAGAUUUUUUUUGCAAAAAGUAUUUUUCUUACAUGGACAUAAAAUAACAAAAAAGGUGGUAAUGCCGACGAUGAUGACAGUAAAUGAGCUGGAACCCGCUGCUUUCCCUGGCUCUGCCCUUGCUUUGGCCCCUCUGGGGGUAGUCCUGAGCACCUUCUCGGCUCUGGGCCCUUCUUCACCAUUACCACCUCUGACUCUGUGAGCCCCUCCAGUGUGGGCAGCGCUACCUCCUGUCCUCGUCCCCACUUGGCAAUGCACUAUCUGUGGCCACACAGUUUGGGUGGCUACCAUCUGUGUGCCAGCAGGAGAGGAGGUGGGAGCCAGCCUGGCCACCUGGGGCCUGAGGGCCAGCCUGUGGCCUUUCUGGCGAGCCAGUGGAGCCUGGUCCUGAGCUGUGCUUACUCGGCUCAGUGUCAAUGACUGCUGUCUGUGAAAGACCCCAGACUGACGCCAGCCAGCCAGUUGUCUUUGAAUGUGUCCUGGCCCUGCUCCACGCUCUUCUCCUUCGAUGGGUGUCCAUGGCUCUGUUCUGCAUGCAUGGGGGCCUCUACUCAAACAGAUCCCUCCCCAGGAAAGCCAUUCUCUACCCUUAACAUCCAGAUUCAUUUCAAGCCACCCCGUCCAAGAAGCCUUUGUAAAUCUCCUUCUGGUUCUCGUCCACUAUAAACAUUCAUUGUGGUUGAUG